CGGCGCUCACACUCCGCAGCUCCGCCGGGGGAAGCCGCGCUCGCUCGCUCGGACCCAGCCUCGGGAGCCCGGCGCGCAGCCAGAUCUGCCAUUGAAUCUCCAGCCUUGGAAACUGAAGAGAAUAACUGAGAACCCCAUCCAGCACUCCAAUGGCCAGCAACAACACCGCCAGCAUAGCACAAGCCAGGAAGCUGGUAGAGCAGCUGAAGAUGGAAGCCAACAUCGACAGGAUAAAGGUGUCCAAGGCAGCCGCGGACUUGAUGGCCUACUGUGAGGCCCAUGCCAAGGAAGACCCCCUGCUGACCCCCGUUCCAGCUUCAGAGAACCCAUUUCGGGAGAAGAAGUUCUUCUGUGCCAUCCUUUAAGUCUCCAAGAAGAGGCUGAACAGCUUUGGGGCUCCCAGGACAUUGAUGUAGAGUUGCUAGCAAAGUGGGCGCCUUUCUGGUCCACAGCAUUUAAAGAGAGGGAGGAAACCAUCCUGGACCUCCAGGCUGUGCAUGUUUAAAGAGCUGGUCCCCUGUAUGAGAAUGAAAACCGAGCCACACCCUGACUUAAGAUACCUGGUUCUGCAGACCUGCCUGGAGGAGGGGAAUGUAUAAAAAUAAGAUUGGUGUCACUUCUUUUAUGCUAACCCCCUAAGACCUUACAUUUCUGCUUCAUAUUUAAAAAAAUAAAUAAAUGUCAAAACAGACAAGUAUCCUGAGCUAAGAUACGUGUGACCUUCUGAGAAUCAUUACUGUCUUUAGAAUAGCCUCUGGUUGAGCUGAGGUGUCCAGUGUAGCCACAAUUUAGUUCAAUGGCAUUCAUGUUUAGUCUUUCGGGCCCCCCUUUUUUUUUCCCUCCUCCUUCCCUCUCUUGACUCCUCCCCAUGAAAGUAGUAUGGAGAUAAGGCUGAACUUGUCCCUCAGACUGAAUUGCAAGGGUGAAUGAACGCCCUACAGGAAGAUGUUCUGUAAUGUAGCCUCAUGGUUAUAACAACAACAACAAAAAUGCCGGUUAUCUGUGUUCUUACCACUAUUCCUAAUAUUUGUACAUGAUAGCUUUGAUUCUGCAAGUAAAAGUAAAUCAUGUGUUGUGACUGGUGCUUUCAUAUCUUUGUGAUAGUUUUUGAGUGAUACUGCAUGAAAAUGUCCCUAUGUUACAUCCAUUCAGACGUUUUGUUGUUUUGCUAGGAAGCUAAGGAAAGAAAAAAAAAAAGAAAGAAGAAAGAUCACUUCAGAGCCUUAUCCAUGUCUAAAAUACCUCCUAGUGAACCGUGGUAUAAGCGCCUCUUCAAUACAUUUUUCCUAAUCCAAAGCAUUUUGGUUUAUCCAGGAUCCAGGGCAGCACAGGUACCCCUCGGGGGAAACCGAGGACCAUGACGUGGAAGGAGCUUUGUUUUACAGUAUAAGCAAUUCCCUCUUCCCAAGAACCAUGGAAAUUAUAAACUCAAGGAAUGCUUGCCAUGCUGUUAGCUAGAGAAUUAGAGCCCGUCUUUGUGCAGGUAUCAGAAGAAAUAAACCCACAGCUCCAAAGAAAGUGCCCAUCUUUGGAACAUCAGCUGUUGGCCCACUAGGGACAAAGACCCCCCAUCAGUGGGUACAACCCCCAGAAACAGAUCUGUUGUUUUUUUUUUUUCCACAGUGAUGUUCUUCAUGUUCCAAAAUUUUCAAAAAAAAAAUCGAUUAUUUUGUUGGUCAGUCUCUCUGUCUUUAUCUAGUUUCCUUGCAGGAGAGCUCCCUCUGCCACGGUGAGAGGCCGAGAGCCUCCAUUGCAGCUGCAGCCACCUCCACCGUGGCAGGCCGUGAAGCCAGUCUCACCCUCUGUGCCAUUCCCAGUGACAGAGCCUCUCGUACUUGUGGCUUUCAAAUCCUCAAAGACCAUUAAUUCCAAUUAAUUUUAUUAUCUCUUCUCACCAUUCUCUUCCUCCUGUUUAAAAAUCAGUCCUUAGAAAAGAGGGAAGACAAAAAGACAUACUAUGCCAAGGACAGAUUCAAAACAGGAUGGGUAAAUGUUUUCUGAAGUUUUUUUAUGGGCUUACUGGUGAAGGCAUAAAUACGUCCCACUAAAGCUCAUGUCUGGGUGAGGUCAGAGAGGGUAGUGACAUAUCUGUGAAAUGUAUGAACACACUUCUAUAACCCAGAAACCUUUGUCCUGGUGAAAUCUUGGGGGUUUGUUACAUCCGGAGAAUGCUAUUGAACUCCAGUAUCAAUAUCAAUGAACUAUGGAAUCAGCUGAAAUUGCCACACAUUGCAAGCAAACUAAAGCAUGUGUGCCUGUGAGAACAACGUUAUCUUAGAGCGCUCUUCUGGCGAUGAUGGCAUCUACAGAAGAAUUCUACAUUUCCAUGCAAAUUUAGAUCAUUUGGAGCAAUUAAAAUGGGUUAAGAUUUUUUUCAUUGUGCCAGGCAUGGUGGCACACGCCUUUAAUCCCAGCACUUGGAAGGCAGAGGUAGGAGGAUCAUCAAGAGUUCGAGGCCACCCUGAGACUACAUAGUGAGUUCCGGGUCAGCCUGGGCUAGAGUGAGACCCUUGAAAAAUCUGAAAAAAAAAAAUUUUUUUUGGUUGUACCUUCAUACAGGUCUAGCAAUUAAAAGUAAAGGAAGUUCCAAAUUGCAUAUAACCAUGAUAGUAAAAGGAAGAGAAGGCAGAAAACAUAUAACCCUUCCAAAAUAAAGUUUAAGGAAAUAUUUUAGCUUUUUUCCACAAUUUCAUAUCUUACAGUAUGGAUGUAUAAUUCCAGAAUUUUUCUAUGAGUUUUGGCUUGUUGAUACUUGUAUUUGUUAAAGAAAAAAAAAAAAACAAGGUCAUUUUGGUUACAUAGGCUUUGAAAGAGCUUAAUUCUUUUAGAAUUUCAGCAAUCAUUUCACCAGCAUAAUUUUAUUUUAGGGUUGACUAACAAGAUAAUUCAGCUUAAUUACUUAAGGCCCUAAUUUCUAUAGCUCUCCAUAGUGGGUAAUAAUUAAAAUCUUCCAUGGAAUUAAUUAGUAAAUAGUAAAGGUAAAUAUUUAGAAUAUGAACUCUGUUUAAAAAAACUUACAUCAUUCUCAAUAUUAACUCUAAUUUAAAAUUUUGUUUUUUAAGGCAAGAAGUAUUUAAUUUAAAUCAUAGAAUUUAAUAUACUCAUUCACAUAAGGAAUUUUGAGAAAAUUGAGCAUGUUGUCUUAGGGGAUUUUUAUACUUUUUCUUUCUUUUGUCUUAAUAUUCGCUUCUAGCUGUUCCUGGCAAUGAUGGGGUAUUACAUAUAUAUUACUGUUUCACAGCCCGAGGACUGUUCAGAUCUUCUCACUUUGGCUGUAUGAGAUCUAGGGAAUGCAUUUUAACAAAGAAGGAGUCACAGAAAUGUUAAAGCAGGAAAACCUGAAUGUGAUGUGCACAUUUCCAUCCCUCAUGGACAAUGUAUUUGUUUUAAUAAAUGGAAUUUUCAGAUUCA